UCACACUCACACACUCACACACUCUCACUCAAGCUCAUCCAUGCAAGUGUGCAUGUGUGUGUAUAUAAGCGAGACACUGGGCCGCUCAGUCCCUAUCCCCGCCUUCAGUUCGCCCCGUCCAGCCCAAUUGCUCUCUUCUCCUUCUUCCCCCUCUUCUCCCUCUACUCUUUCUUCUCCCUGCUCAUCUUUCUUUCUCAUCAGUCCUGUCCCCUCAUCGCCCCUUCACUCCCUUCACCUCAUCCUCAUUCCUCAUUCCUCGUUCCUCGUUCCUCAUUCCUCAUUCUUCAUCUCUUUCCUCCUCGACUCUUUCCUUGUAAAGGAAAUAAAAGGCUGCGUGCUCUUCCUUCCUUAAUUCCUCUUCCUGAAGCGAACUCUUCCUUUUUAAUAUAAUUUGUUUUUCAUUGCCACCAUCACCCCCUCCCUCUAUCACUCCCUCUCUCACUCACUCAAACUCACUCAAUGGAUCCACACAGCAGCAGCCAUCAUAUCCACAUCGAACAACUCGAUGAUGACCACGACCACAUCCGUUACGCCUACUCCUCAUACUCUGAGGACUCCCUCGAGUUCAACGACGAAACCGGACUCGACCGACUCAACCGUCUCAGUAACACCAGCACUCUCGUCGGUGGAAGCAGCCCCCCUCCUUCCCAGCACCAACAGCACCCAUACUUAUUCAACCCCUCAUCCACCUCCACCUCCUCCUUCUUCGCUACCGAUAUCAAAAUGUCAUCUUCAUCAUCCGACUCAACCCUGUCAGAACAACCCAAGCGAGGGCUCUGGUAUCGCCUCACCCACUCUGAAUCCGGUCGGCUCGCCUGCGCCUUCCUCUACUUCUUCUUCGUCUGCAUCGCCAUGGCCUUUUGUAAUCAACUCUCAGACCAUCGCUGGGUCGAGACUGCCUACACGAAGGUUCUCUUGCGCGACCGUGGAUUUGAUGUGAUUGCAGCUCAGGCUGAUAUCCAGCCCGCCAAUACCUUCGUGAUGACCUCGGUCGUCUUUACGGUGCUAGGGAUUGGCAUGAUUUGUCCUAAUUGGACUACGCGAGCGAUUGUGUUGAGACGAAUCCUCUGGGUGAUUGGAACACUGAGCGUGUACAGGGCCAUGACACUCUCAGUUACGACGCUGCCGACACCGAAGGAGGAAUGCCGUCCGAGUUUGAAGACGGGUUUCUGGGAAAUGUUCAUUGUUGCGUUACAGAUGAUUCCCGGUACGGUCGAGGCCUGUACGGACGAUAUCUUUUCAGGACACACCGUUUUCAUGUAAGCCUGGUUUUUUUUUAGUUAUUUGUUUGAUCGGUAGUAAUUUUAAGACAGCAAGCAAGAUUGUAUGGCAUGUUCGUUGAUGCAAUUGUGGGUUGGCUGCCGCGUUGCAGUGAAAAAAGGGGGGAGGGGGAGGAGGGAGGAGAGAAUACCCCCUCUUUAUCAUGACAAGAUUGUUGGAUGGCGCAGACGAGAGUUUGGCGAGAGUGGAAUGUCAACAUGCAUCUUAAUUUUUGUUGCUUUCAGCGGCCGCGAUAAAAGCAACAGAGACUGAGGGAAAGCAAGAGACAAUUGUAUGCUAUGGCACAUGUGUACAUGGACAUGAGUAUAUUUUUAUGGUGCAAGAGGUGCAUGGUGGACAUGGAAGACGGAAGAUGGAGGGCGUGCAGAUUUCUUUGGUCUUUUGUUUUGAAGCAUUCCAUUGGUUUUUUCAUAUGGGUUUCUG